UCUGAAGCCAUUACCAUCGUCCUUCAGAACCGGCCAGAGAUGUUCCGGGUCGGGCAUCUCGUGAACUACAAACACUACGAUAACGACACCAUGGCGUUCCGAGACUUCCAGGCCCUGGAGAACGCCACAUACGGGGUCACCCUGACGGUACGGACCGCCGGAUUCAUCAGAGAAGCUAAGGUGUACGGGAAGCUUGGUGGCGAUCCUAACGACACAGUCCACGAUUUCAGGACGGUUCUUUCGUGGGAAGACUUCGACAUAACCGGGUAUGAGGGCAAUGAGACUUUUACUGCCUUCAUCGUACUUCCUGUCGGGAAGGUCAACAAUGGAAGCGGGCAGUACACGCUCGGCCUUCUGAUUGAAGAGUGCCUGUCACAGACGUGCAAGUACUCAGCGGAUAUCGUCAGGAUAGGCUGCAGGUACUGGGAUACAGAGGACAACGCUUGGAAGGGAGACGGCUGCAAGGUCAGCUCAAAGACCUCCCGGAAGGAGACAAUCUGCCUGUGCGACCACCUGACUGCCUUCGCAGCCGACAUAGUUCGGGUUCCCACCCGCGACCCGUCCUACUCAAGAUCACGACAAGUAGUUCUUCAUGACGACUCUAUGGUCUGUCUUGAGGAGUAGUGAACAUGUAAACUGUAGUGUCUCUAUAGAAGACACAAGGUAUUGAAUUUCGUAAAUGCAUGUAGUUUCAUUAGCUUCGUAGAUUAUUGAAUAUUGAAGUUCUUGUGCGUAAGGGCGUAGUCACAUAGGUUCUGCGAUCGUCGUUAGAUCGCUAACUUCGGGCAUUUUGGAGGACAAUAAUGUAGGUCUCCUGCAUGCAAAAUCCAACUGUCUUUGUACACAAAAUGCUGUUUUGGAUCCAUAUGAUCGAUAUUUGGUUCUGUCAUGUCCUGCUUGAAAAUCCUUUGGCAUGAAAAUGGUACGACGAUGACGCUACCUAUGUGACCUCGCCCUAAGCAAGCUUACAUUAUUAUUACACGUUUCUUUGACCCGUCUGCUACCAUCAGCAGGGCUUUGAUAACUCAAUGGGGCUACCAGAAUGAGGGGGGUACAGACAUAACCGCGUUUGAGAUUAUGUUUUCACCGCGAUACGACACCUAGCGACGAGAAGUAGCUCCAGUCGAUAGUUGUAAAGCCCCUAUUUACAAUAACAGAAAAACGGGACAGCAAAAACGUAACAGUCGUUAUGUUACGAUAAAAAGUAUGCACAACUUUGUACAUAGCAACAAUAUAUGCAACUUUUAUUGUGUUAUUCUGUUUUCAUUAUUUUCUGUAAUACUAUAUAUUCUGCUCUGUUCAGCUCUGCGAAAUCUUGGUUUAUUGGUUUGGAUUUAUGUGAUUAUGAUAUGAUUUCUGGUCUAUUAUCUAAUUUGUUUAAUAGUUAUCGAUUAUGUUCUUGCUGUUCUCUUAUGUUACAAUAUCCUAUGUCCACUUAUACUUGUUGUAUGUUGUAUGUGUCUUAUAAGCCCACGUGGGCUGGGCGUUCUAACGCAUGGCACGUUAAUAAAAUUCCUUCCUUCCUUCCUUCCUUCCUUCCUUCCUUCCUUCCUUCCUUCCUUCCUUCCUUCCUUCCUUCCUUCCUUCCUUCCUUCCUUCCUUCCUUCAGUCAUUUAUUCAUUCAUUCAUUCAUAUAUAAAUGUACGGU